CUGGGAAUACUUCAUCUCCAUCGUUCUUCCGUUCGUUCGUGGCGAGAGGAACAUCACGAUUGAAAUAGACACAUCUUCAACUGAGAAGAAGUCUUUUCCGCCUGGACUUCGAGAAGCUGUACUUCGAGAACAAAGUAGUUCUAGCCGUGGGUCUUCUUCCUCUUCAUCUUCCUCUAGAAGUGCGAACAAGACCACGACCACUGGCGCUACCUCUUCUUCAAGGAUAUCAUUGUCUUUUGAUUUCCGCAUCCCAGCACUCUUUUUCCUUGCUGCAGCUUUCUACAGCCAAAGACAUUAUUUGAAGGUCGAUCAGCAGGGCGCGUUGGAGUUGGCCGCGAAGGAACAGUGGGCCAAACAAAAGGGAAAGAAGUUGACGACGGAGCAACUUGCGUGGC